UUGACUGCAGUUAGUUGGAUUUGAAAAGUGGCACGUCCAAGACUUUUACUGUGAAGUAAUCGCGUUGUCUUAUGAUGCGACACAGGAACAUCCGCAUUCAGACUGCUACUAACUGCAGACCAGUGGCUAACGCUAAUGUUUGCUAACUAAUACAGAUCGGCGGUGUUUUGGGAGCGUAAGUGUGCGUGUGUGUGCGUGUGUAUCCCGUGUGAACCAUGGAACAGUGUGCGUGUGUGGAGCGGGAGCUGGAGAAAGUCCUCCAUCGCUUCGUUAUGUACGGACACCAGUCUGAGGAGAGGCUGGACGAGCUCCUGCGCAGCGUCUGUGAGAUACGAGGACAGUUGGUUGCAUUUGGAGUCCAAGAUGGAGAUCUUUCUGUCCUGUCUCAGACUAUGGCACAGUGUUGCAAGAACAUCAAAGAGACGGUGCAGAUGUUGGCCUCUCGACAUAAGGACAUUCACGGCAGCGUGUCCAAAGUGGGCAAAGCCAUUGACAGGAACUUUGAUGCAGAGAUCAGUGCGGUGGUCGCAGAGACUGUGUGGGACACUCCGGAGAGGCAAAAACAUCUGAGUGAGACCAUAGUUGAACACCUGUACAGACAAGGCAUGCUCAGUGUAGCGGAAGAUCUUUGUCAGGAGUCCGGAGUAGUUAUAGAUAUGAGCAUGAAGCAGCCUUUUCUGGAACUCAAUAGGAUCCUUGAAGCACUGAGGAUGCAGAACCUGAGGCCAGCACUCGAGUGGGCAGUGACAAAUCGCCAACGUCUUCUAGACCUCAACAGCAGUUUAGAGUUUAAAUUGCACCGCUUGUAUUUCAUCAGCCUGCUUAGUGGUGGCAUCAGUAACCAGAUGGAGGCACUCAAGUAUGCCAGACACUUCCAGCCCUUCGCCUCGCAGCACCAGCGAGAUAUUCAGAUCCUGAUGGGCAGCUUGGUGUAUCUGCGUCACGGUAUUGAGAACUCUCCAUACCGUAGUUUGCUGGAAACCAACCAGUGGGCGGAGAUUUGUAAUAUCUUCACCAGAGACGCCUGUGCGUUACUUGGUCUCUCUGUCGAAUCUCCUCUGAGUGUUAGCUUCGCCUCAGGCUGCAUGGCUUUACCUGUGCUGAUGAACAUCAAGCAGGUGAUCGAACAGCGGCAAUGCAGCGGCGUGUGGACGCACAAAGACGAGCUGCCCAUUGAAAUUGACCUAGGCAAGAAGUGCUGGUACCACUCUGUGUUCGCUUGCCCCAUCCUCCGACAACAAACUUCAGAGAGCAAUCCGCCCAUGAAGUUAAUUUGUGGCCAUGUCAUCUCAAGAGAUGCUCUCAACAAACUGACCAAUGCUGGGAAGUUGAAAUGCCCGUACUGCCCCAUGGAGCAGAAUCCCUCACACGCCAAGCAGAUCUACUUUUGAUAACGCACACUCCUCCUGUGUGAGAGAGAGAGAGAGAGAGGAUGACGUUCCCUGGAGCGCCUUGCAUUUCCAGGACCAUUUGCUGCGGCCCGCCUCCUCUUUCCCUGGCUCACGACGCGGUCUUGUAAGGAUUAAGGUUUGAUCUCGGUGCUCAUGGGACACCUUUGGCCACCCUGUAGAAUCCAGGGUCCCACCGCAACAUGCAGUGGAACGAAGAGUUGAAUGAGAGUGUCCUCACAAAGAAGCGUCGCUGACUAAGAAUCAUUCAUUCAAACUUGGUUGCAAUUGAAAUAUGAUAACUAUUAUUAUUUAUAGUGUUUGUUAUUUGGGCCUUUUGGAAGCAGCUUUGUUUCUUCUGUUUUUGGGGGGUGUGGGGGGGGCAACUGGUUACGUGAAUGAUUGUGGAUGGAUCCGUUAUAGGCAAAACAUGGACUGGCAAGAGGGUAUCAAACAUCUGUCUCGAGAAGACCUCUUAGAACAUUGCAGUAGAACUCGUUGAUUAUUUACUUACUGAGACUUUCGCCUCAAGCACCAUUUUGAUCAGAUUUUCUCACCGGUGAUGGAACAGCUUCUUUUCCCCUGUGUGAUACACUGCACCAGCAAGAUUCUCCUCCUGAUAGAAGCCAUUUGUCUUGUUCCAUUCAUGUAUGUAACAAACACAACACCAAGGAAAUAUACGCUACUGUGAAAUUUAUUGUCUAUUUUUCAUCGCAGCAGCCUGACCUAAAAUAGCCAAGUGAACCUGUGUUAUCGACACUUGCGCAAGAUGACUAACAGGUCGCCAACGCUCCGUAUAUCCUAAUGCCGGCACGCCGUGUGACUUGAAGGCGUGGCGCGGCGUGACGGUAGCCGUCUGCUCUGCCCGGAGGCUCGUGAAUCACCUUUAUUCAUCGUGGGCGUGAGCGUCCACUCAUUACUGUGGCCGCUGUUUAAUAUAUUCAUCGAAAAAGUUUCUGCUGCAUAGAUCUGGUUUUCUUUUCAAACAGAGUUGCAAUAGAGUCAUCAUUAAAAACACGUUUCCUCAGGGCUCAUGCUCACAGCACCCAGGUAGUGUGAACGAACAGAAUCGGAAUUUACAGAUCUCUGGGAUUCCGAGGAAUGAAUCUGGGUGCAUGCUCUCUGCGUCCUGGAAGUAACGAGGCUCAUUAGCUCUGCAAGCACUGCACCAGCACAGCUCUCACACUGUAUAGAGUAUAUUCAGUAUUACAUAAUGCAUAUCGGGUUCAAAGCAGAUGUUUUCGUUGUGUAUGCAUCUGUGUGGCGCUUCAGGGGAUUUGUUUUAGUUGGGAAACAUUCAUCACCUCAUAGUGUCCCUUCAGGGAAAUUCCUUGCACUCUUCUAUCGCGUCUGUCUACAUUUCCUGCUUUCCUGUGUGUGGUGUGUGAGUUUAUUGUCUAUAUUUAACCUGACAUGUUUCAAAUACUGGCAUCAUAAAUAAAACUUUAUACCCCAGGUCAGUUGGAAAAGCUUACAAUGACAGUGAGACCACAGCUACUACUCACUUCCCUGUGAAUGAUCAGAAAACGUCAGCCUUGGAAAUCCUUGAAAGCAUUCCAACAUACUAAAAUGUCUAGAAUUCUAAUAAAUUAGAUCACAAACAAUUUUGUUCCAUAUGGAUUUAUGAAUAGCAUAGUAUACAAAAUGUGUUUGAAAAAGCUGUCAUGUUUUUCAAAUUGAUUUUUUUUUUUUUUUUUAAAUGACAUUGUGGAACUCUGAUCACUUUGUUGCAUAACUUUAUUUUGAAACUGAUAUUACAUUUUCUUCUAUGGCUUGUAUUAUAAAUUGCUUUUUAAUUGAACAGCCUUGUUUCAUAAAAUGAUUGGUGCAUUUUAUUAGUAACAUAAAUAAUGACCUUCAUUUGUAACUACUAAUUAUGAUUACCAAUCCAAUUCAAUCUCUUAGUACAUGUUUAUAAAAAAUUGGAAUGUGUCAUUACAUUAUAUUAUUAAAAGAAUCGUGGCACUCGACAGCCUUGUUACAUAUUGCAUUUUCUAAGAAAAUUCUCGACAACUCAAAAAUAUCAGUUUCAGAAUGAAUAUCUUAAAUGAAGUUCCUGUAAAGUUAUGAAACAGAGGGCACAAAUGGGGUUCAAUUACAUUUGAUGGAGAUAUAUAUAUAUAUAUAUAUAAUUUUUUUUUCCUCUGUGGCACGGUUACAGCACAUCUGCCCCAGAAUUCUGGUGACAAUCCUCCCCUUCCUGUGCCUGCCUGGGAUUUCUCCGGGUUCUCCAGUUUCCUCCCACAUUCCACAAACAUGGAUGGUUGAUCGAAGACUAAAUGACCUGUAUUGCAAAUAAUUGUGACCUGCAUUUGGCUGGCAACCAGUUCAGGGUGUGCCCAGCCUCUUGCCAAGGGUCAACUAGGAAGGGCUCCAACAUGCCCGUGACCCCAGUGAAGAUAAGCAACACAGAAAAUGGAUACCUUUUUUUUCCUCGACUUUUCGUAUACUGUAUUGGUACUUGAAGUUUUGAAUGGUAAAGGUUGUUCUUCAUGACCACUAGGUGACACUGCUGCUUUUGUCUAUUUUCUGGCCAUGACAGGUGGUCCUGGUGAACGUGAAUUUGUAUAAUAAUUGUGAACUCGAGCACACAAAGCAUUUCCUAAUUCCAGUAAAUUCGUCUGUCCCAAUACUACAUGGUGGCAGGGGAGUACUCAAGUCAUUUGGAGGACCAGGGCAAAGGUCAUCCAUUCGGAUCCCGGUUCUGAUUGUCGCACAGUCGGACCAUCCUAGGACAAAACGCUGCACCCCAAGAUGACUCCAGGUCGGCAUUGUAAAUGAGAAAAUGUUCUCGAUUUGGCUUACCUGGUUAAACAAAGGACUUAUUUUAUUUUCUCAUAAACGGUGUGAAUUUUAGAUUUUUCUUUUUUUCCUGAGCUGAGUGUUGAGGACUCGCCUCAUUUCUCUUGCAUUUGUCUUGGCUGACACUGACAGCAGCGCUAUCGCAACUGGCAAGAGAGUCUGACUGACUGUUACACACAUUCAUUGUCCCUGUGAGUAAGGUUAAAAUUGUUGGUAUUUUUAACAAAAUUGUUUUCUUUUCACAUUCUCCACAUCACUGGGAGAUACUUAAUUUUUGCCACAAAUCAAGUUUUUUUUUUUUUUUCAUGAGCUGUGAGAAGACUGAAUAGUCCAUUGUAUAAGAAGGGUGUGUGUGUGCAAUUGAAACAAUCAGGAUGCGUAAUCAUUAAGGCACAACAGACAAUAAUGGCUUCAAAUCAAAGAAAACUUAAUGAUAUCUUUUUUUAUGAGACAUUCGUGGGCCCCCUGAGCCUGGCAAAGUAUUCUUAAGCCUCUGCACGAGACCCGUGCAUUCCUUUGAAAUGUAAAUGUUUAUAAAUCCAAGACCUCCUACAGUCUUAUAAAACAUUGUCCCUCAAGUUACGUGAUUUCAUGAAAAAUGGUUCAAACCUUUCUUCAUUAAACAUUCAGCAAGUAUUUGAAAUCAUUGCAGUACAUCGGAUGAGUGGCACUCAGUGGUGCUCGCCUCCUACAGAGUGAAGUUUGGCCUCUUCUCUCAUCCCACUUCAGCAAAGCACAUCUCCUGAGCUCUGCGGUUAUAUUCGGCCCGGUUUAUGUAAUAAUUCUUUAAUGUCGAGGGAGGGACCUGGUGAGUCAGCUUCUGCUAGUCAUAUUACAUCCUGCAUCCUGGUACAUAAUGCCAUUUAUGUAUUAUUAAAAUGAUUUUUUUUUCCCAUCUCAGUCGAUCUCUCCCUGUGCAGGAGACUGACUCGCUGUGAAGGUGGGAGAGGCUGAGAUAAGGAUCCAAGGCCAAACCUCUUAAAGCCACAUUAGUUCCAAAAGCUUUUGUUCGGACUGCAAUAAAGUGCUUGUCCUCGCCUUUUAUUGGCACACUUUGUGCUGGUUUUUAAGCCCUCCGAGGGAGUGGCAGACGUCUGGACUCUCGGGUGCAGUCCAAGCAUUUCGAUUUCUGCUCACUUCAGUCCAGACCACACUAAUCAGAAAAGCCUCUUAACUUUUUGGAUUUUUUUUUUUUUUAAAAACAAAAUUCAGUUUUAUUCAGAACAAGAUGUGCAGAUUAAACUCCACUAAGCAGAAAAGAGUCACAGUAUGUUGAAGGUUGAAAUGACAACUAGCUUUUGAAUUAUUUUAAGUGUAAAAAAUACACACUUCUUCAUCAUGCAAUGGAUUUCUGUUCAGAAGAGUACAACAAAACCUAUGAUUAAGCAGGGCAGUGUCAUAAAUAGAAAUAUCAAUGGUGUGGUUGGGGUACAGUGACACGAAAGACAAUCCAGUUAUUUACUAAAUAUAUCUACCGGGCAGGAAAUAGAAAUAAAAUACACUCUGAACAAUCCGUUUCAUAAGUAGUGACUGUUUUCUCAACCAAAAAAAAAAAAAAAAAGUAUUCAAUCCUGGCACCAAAUAUCAGUCUCUGUUGAUACUAUGGAACCUCAACAUGCAGCUUUUCUCCCUGAAUCUGGAAAAGCUUUUCAGGCCCAAACUAAUCCCUUGAGAAUCCUUUGGUUAUUGUCAAAACUGUACACCAACAGUAGAAUAACAACAUUUGUCACAACAAUCAUUUGUUUAUGUACAGAUUCACAUUUAGGAAGACUUGAUGUACAAUGCAAGAUUAUAUUUUGUCUUCUGUCGUUUUGUUCCAAUCAAUGAAAUAGGCUGGGAUUUUGUAGUAGAAAUAUGUAAAGAAUAUUUUUCCAAUGUCAGAGUUUUACCUCUGCUAAAGAAUAUAUGGAGCAAUAUUAUGCUGAAAGUACCACACUCAAAUGCACAAUUUGUUUAAUUUUACAGUGGAUAAUUCAAUAAUCUAAAUGCAUGUAUCUAGAAAGAUGUUGUGCAAUGUGGAUUCUUGACUCUGGCAGUUUAGCACCUCAUGGAAGACGAUUUUAGAUUAUUGAGAACAAACCCCUAAUCAAUUUGGGACACUGUGUAAAAAAAAAAAAAAUUGCAAAUCCUUUCCAGGCUAUAUUGAAUUGAAUACAAAUACAAGAUAUUGUUCAGGCAGAUAAACAUUACUAUUAUGAUUAUUUUAUUUUUGAAAAUAGUCUCAUUUUGAAUUUGAUGCCUGCGGAAAAUUCCAACUCUAAGACAGGGGGAACAAUAAGCUAAAAAAAAGACCUCGUUGGAAGAUUGCACAGGUGAACAGGUUAUGCUGCCAUCCAAGCAAUGUCUUUUUUUUGGGGGGCGGGGGGGAUGUUCCUGCUUAUUUCAACCAGAUAAUGUCAAGCCACAUUCUGCACGGGUUACAACCAUAUAGCUUCUUUGUACAAGAGAGCGAGACUGGCUUCCCAACAGUCCAGACAUGUCUCCCAUUGAAUAUGUCGGACACAUCCUGAAGCACAAAACUCGAUAUGAGAGAUUCCGGACUCUUGAGCUGAACUGUUUAUGUACAACUUCAAGCAAUAAUGGGAAAGAAUUCUACCAAGAAUGCUUGAAGAAUUGGGGUUCGCCGUUCCCCAAUCCUUGUCAUUUUUUUUUUUUUUUUUUUU